AUAAACAACAGGAAGUGGUGUUUUCCCGCCCCUCGCCAGCUUGACGCCGCUCGGGCCCGGUCAAAACAAAGCCGCCGUGUUAAAAACGCUGCGUAUUAAAAAAAAAAACAACUAAAUUAUUCACGAGCGGCUCCGUCCGGUCGUCGGUUCACCGGGUUACGGCGCGUUUCGGCGGCGGCAUUGUGUCGCCUUGUCCCCGCGGUUCGCGUCGCUUCCCCCCGCGGGGAGUUUUUGUUCUCGGCGGGCUGGACAUGGAGACGGCUAACGGGCGUCUGCUGCUAGGUAACCUGAGAGCGGCGGCGGGGAGCGGUUAAAGCAACCGGGGAGCGGGUUUGAAACGACCGGCCGGAUUGAUAAACCCCCCGGUAGCAUGGUGGAGUAGGCGGCCGCGGUGUAGACGCUUAUCGGGCUCCUCCGACGGACGGUUCGCUCUCACCGGGCGGGGAUCACCAUGGCCCCGGGGUCUCUGGUGGCGGCCUGCCGCAGCCUGGCCCUCUCUACGUGGCUGCUCUCCUUCUGCUUCGUCCACCUGCUCUGCCUGGACUUCACCGUGGCCGAGCGGGAGGAGUGGUACACCGCCUUCGUCAACAUCACCUACAUGGACCCGGCCACCUCGGAGCUCCGCACCGAGAAGACGGAGUGCGGUCGGUACGGGGAGCACUCUCAGAAGCGGGACGCCAAGGGGGUGGUGGUCCUUCCCGCAGCCCCGCACGACCGCCAGGCCUGCGACCCCAACACCAGGUUCGCGGUGCCCGCACAGGCCGGGGCCUGGAUCGCGAUCAUAGCCCGGGGCAACUGCACCUACAAGGACAAGAUCCGCCACGCCGCAGCCCACAACGCCUCGGCGGUGGUCAUCUUCAACGUGGGGUCGGCUAACGCUAACGACACCAUCACCAUGCCCCAUCCAGGUAUGGGUGACGUGGUCGCCAUCAUGAUCCCAGAGCCAAAAGGCCGCGAGGUUGUGUCGCUGCUGGAGCGUAACGUGACGGUCACCAUGACGAUCACCAUUGGGACGAGGAACCUGCAGAAAUACGUGAGCAGGACGUCGGUGGUGUUCGUGUCCAUCUCGUUCAUCGUGCUGAUGAUCAUCUCUCUCGCCUGGCUCGUCUUCUACUACAUCCAGAGGUUCAGAUACGCCAACGCACGAGACCGCAACCAGCGUCGUCUCGGCGAUGCUGCGAAAAAAGCCAUCAGCAAGCUACAAGUCCGCACCAUCAGGAAGGGCGACCAGGAGACGGAGGCCGACUUCGACAACUGCGCCGUUUGCAUUGAGGGCUACAAGGCCAACGACGUGGUCCGCAUACUGCCCUGCAGACAUUUAUUCCAUAAGAGCUGUGUGGAUCCGUGGCUGCUGGAUCAUCGCACAUGUCCCAUGUGCAAGAUGAACAUCCUCAAAGCCCUCGGCAUCGCUCUCAAUGCAGAUUGUCUGGAUGACCUGCCGUUGGACUACGACCUGGCCCUGGGCGGUGUCGGUGGGGUUGGCGUAGGUGGAGUCGGGGCCCUGGCCCUGGAGGCUGUGGUGUCUGGGGCAUCCAGUGAUGGCACACUGAGCGAAGGCGGCUCCUCGGUGGUGCUGGAUCCCGGUGUGCGACGCGUGGGACUCCCUCAGGACUACCAGGACCCUGACACCCUGAGAGACAGCCCUGUGACGGCAACCACCGACACACACACAGGUGAGCUACAGCCAAUGGCAAGCAGCGCCUCAGUGGCAUCCUUGGUCAUCACCGUGGAAACGGGUCUCUCAGAUGAGGAAGGGUCCAUGGAGCAGUCUCAGCUGGGGGACAAGUCCUGAGAGGAGCCUUACGGAGCCAAAAACAGACUGAUCCGACUGAUCAGGCAUCAGUUUCACCUGAAGCUCCAGAGAACGACCUGACUGAAACCAGAUCUGAACCAAACCCGACUGUACCCAUGACCUUUGACUGGUUCCAAGUGGAAACCCAGCACCAGCACCAGUGUUUGACUGGGUUGUUUUUCCCCUUGGACCCUGCUAAACCAAAACAACUUGUCUGGACCCCAAGUGGACCUGAGCCAGACUAGAAGCCGUGUCUAGUCUUUGUUUUGCGGACCCAAGUUGAAUAAAUAUGUGUGUGUUGGUUCUCAUCUGGAUUCAGAGGAAACUUACCGACCUGGUUUGGCCUCUAGUCUCCUGUCGGACACGUUGGACCCAGGACCUAACCUGGACUAACGUGACCUCGGUCUUCCCCUUGGCUCUCCUCAGUUAAACUGGAAUAUAACUCAGUCUACCUAUCUGUUGUCGCUUCGUGCAGAUGUCUUAAUCAACCCACAUUUGCCUCAGUUCAUGGUGUUUCUAGAAAUAGACGACCCAACUUUCUUUCCGGUCCGACCCAUCUGUUGUUUACUUCUGACAAACUUCCACGGUGACGGAAAGUAGUUAAAAUAGAAAUCCUGUCACUCAUUUCAAACAUUGGUGAUCUCACCGUUCAUCUCCUGACUUUAGAAAGACAGACGAGAUUCAAACUGAGUGCCAUCACUCAGAGAACAUGAGUGCGAUCUCAAACUCGCCUCGAUACAAGCGUGAAACAGGGUUGAACCCGAGAAAGUCGGCUGCCAAAUUAGGAUACGCUCUUUGAAGGUCAACGUUCUCCUUCAUCAGCAAAUCUGGAGGAUCUUGAUAAAUGCAUGAGAACUCCAAAAAACGGGUUGUGUGUGUUUUUUUUUGUUUGUUUGUUUUGUUUUUUAAGUAUCAGAGCGAUCCAGGCCAGGAAUCUGGAUUUACCUGCAUAUUUCUACCCGUUCUACUUCAGUAAGGAGUGUUCUUGUCUCUGGACCUUUAGUGGGAUACUCUGUUACCUGGUUUUCCAGGUAGAGAGGCACGACAACUAAACAUAACUCAACGGGACUCUUGUCCUGGUCUGGAUUCAUGAAGAUUUAAUCUCUGGUUAAUUUCAUUAAUUUUUGAUUUGCCUGCCAAUGUGCCAGGUGCUCGAUCUGCGAUGACUGACUUUCAUUUUGGAAAGGAAGACUUUUAUUUUGAAAGGACACACCAGCUUCUCUGGGCAGAGGAUUCAGUUGUUCAGUUUGUUUCUCUCUCUUUUUUUUUUUUUUCUGGUGUUUGACGGUGGCAGUAUUACAGCUACAGUUUGACUGCAGUAUUGAAUAGCAACUACACACAGUAUUUUAUUUUUUUCCCUUUUUGCCUGUCUGUAUAAUUGUAGGCUCCUUUUAAUCUUUAUAAUACUCCGACAGUAUUUGGUUUGGAUGCUUUCUGUCCUCGGCUGUGGUUCCAAACAGGGUUCCUAUGUGCGUCUGUGACAACGACAGUUGAUCAUGACUGUUUGCAGGGCUGUACAGAAUAUUAUCUGGUAGGAGAAAGGUUGAUAAAAUGUAGAAUUUAGUACAACAGAUGAUGAAAGGUAUGAAACUAGUAACAAAUCUCGCAGCUUUGGGUCUUCGAACGUACUCUGAGAAAAUGGUUAGGAGAAAAGUGCCGCCAUGACAGAGGAGUUUUCCUUUUUAAGUAGUGAUAGUAACACAGUUUAAACUAUCCGUAACGCUGGGCAGACACUGCAUGUUUUUAUUGACUCAUGUCUAGAACCAGCGACUGUACGUAAGAAUUGACGUGGUGAUCACCGUGACCAGUAAUAAUACGCCAAAUCAGGUUGUCCAGCACCAAUGCCAAUAAAGUUUAUUCCAUGUCGUCAAGAUUGAGCAGGUUUCCAUCUAAUCGUCUACACUUACGGAGACAAACAGCUGGUGGCGCUGAUUUUAAGGUGCCAUUGUAGGAGACAAUGUAACUAAUCGAGCGCCACCCAGCCGCAAAGGGCGAAAAAUGUAGAAAACAUGAUGAACAUUUCGUGUUGGCGUCUUGUAUUCAAUUGAAUAACUGCCAAUGUUCUUUGGUGCCUUAGUUUACUCACAAACUUUGUUGCGCUCACAUUUGCGUUUAUCGAUACACCAACUCUUUCGCCAACUUUUGUUGCAAAUUGAAUAUGCACGUAAAAACAAGUCGAUGAAGACCAACUUAAUCUUGACACAAAAACAGAAAGGCUGCCCAAUAAUGCUGACACAAGCUAUAUAAUGUAUGAUUUAACUGCAGCCAUGUCUGAUCUUCCAACAGUCCAAUUGUUUAAAUGUUGAGGCAACGUAAUCAGGUGCUCUGGCAGAAAGUAGUCGCCAAUUUGUGGGUUUACAAAUCUAGUUUAUUGCAUAUAGUGUCUGCCCGGCUUUAGAUACAGGAGUUUCCUCAUCAGUCUUCUAUCGUGGCCGUCUCUCCUGAGUCGUAACAUUCGGUUAAAAUACCAUGUAGGAACCCUGUCUAUAGCGCUGCCUGGUUUCGUUGUUUUACUGUCCGUCCGUCUGCCUGACCACACGUGUCCGUAACCACGGCCCCCAUGCUGCCUUUUUGAAAACACAUUUACCUUUAACCCUGACAAUCAAGGAUCAGAUCUUGUAACUUGCUGGUCAGGGAUCUUUUCUCUGAGCUUCGGCAAACCUAAGAAGCGUUUUGUUUGUUUUGUUUUUUUCCAAACCUGCAUGUCUGUACACCACACAGGAUGUUAGCUGCCAUUACCGUUAAAUUAAACGCCACCAAAACAAGCUGUGAAGCACGAAAAAUACGUACCCAAGUUACAGAGCUGUAGAAAUAGAUUACCAGAUUUAGAGAGACAGAGUUUAGCAAAGAGUCCUUCCUUGCUUUAGUGAGUGUAGUUCAGCUCAAAAGUCGAGCAUGUAAAUAUAAAAAAACGCGUAUUCCACAAAUUCACUGCGUCACGCGGCAUCGCGGACGGUUUGCCAAACCUGGUGUGCAGACUGCGUAGGGCUGCUGCGGUGGCAUCGCAACAGCAACAGCGAGCUUCCCGAAAACUAAGAGAGAUAAAGAUUGUCAUCUAUUUUGAUACCAGAGGAGACGUUUAUUUUUGUAACGAAGACACCCAGCAGCAAAGACUGAUUUCCUUCCCUUCGUGACCCGGUGAUUCCUCAAUGAGAUUGAGUAUUCAUCGGCCAGAUUUAAGUGUUGAUUAUUUGUGUAAUUGUACAUACUUACAGAACGAUAAAGACCAUGACGAUAUGAAUCUAAACUAUUGAAAUUUCUGUCUGUAAACCUUCAGGAUUUUGGUUGUUGAUGUAGCCCGAUGAAAACCGAACCUGAGAGGAUUGAGCCCAAUGGUAGGCUGCAGAACCAGCACAGUACUGUUUGUUUUGAAACCAUUUUUUUCCACCAAGUCUUCCAAGUCUUUCAUUGCUGAAAGUUAAAGAAUGGCUUGGAAAUCCCAACAUUUGCCUUCUGAAACAGAAUUUGGUACCAAGACCUUUUAAAGGCCUUGAGUGUACAUAGUAGUAUUUGUCAGAUGGAAGUAAUUUCCAGGACCUGUGAACGUCCAACUCGCCUCUGAAAUAAAGAAGAACCUGAUGAGAUUUGUAGUUGCCAUUCAUCUCAGUCUAUAGCAAGGUUUUUCGUGAUGAAACGUAAGUGUCAGAAGCAGUACUUCCGUUGGUUUCAGGUCCUACCAAUGAGUUCAUUUUCUCUCAGACUCUCAGAAAACUGGAAGACUUUGAGCAUUUUUGAAGCUCCCUCCUGAUCUUUCCUCUCUACUCACAGUUCAAUAUCAGUCAGUUACCCUUUAUAUAACAAACACUACUUAAUUUAAACACCUGUAAAGUGGUGGAGAGCGUAUUUGCUGUAAUAUAUGAAAUCAUGAAUGAUGACGCCUUUUGUCUUGGCCAAUUUUCAGUGAAUGAUGUUUUAAUUAAAGUCACUUCCUCUGUGUUAUAAGCUUUAUUUUCAAGGGAUUUCAUUGAAUAUCAUGUUUUUACUUUUGCACUGCUGUUUAAAAAAAAAAAAAAUGUGACUGCAAUUCUGUUGCCACCGUAGUGAAAGUGAACUGAUUGAACCCUCUGAAUCCAUUUCUCUAGUUUUUCUCUGAGAGACUGAGGCUGCUUUGGCAUGUUGGUCCCACCACCUCUUAGUUUUGAUAUCAAGUGUCAAAUACUAUUUCGUUAGCAUCCGAAAUGUGUCCACGGAAAUACAAGGUUGGCAUUGAAUGUCUGAUUUAAAUCAAAGUUUUCCAGUUUUAGCCAAUGUUUUGUAUGGCUGCUUGUGUUUGAGUUUAGUUUAGUUAUAUAAAAUAAAAAAUAUUGCUUUGGUUUUGGUGCCAAAACUUGCGUAUCCGCAAUAUUUUCGAACAGUACCCAGUCACUAAUUGGGAUGCUUAUGAUACUAUCCAGUAAUGAAUGGAGAUCUUCUUCUGGCAUCGUUCUGGAAACGUUUAUCACAAUCCAGAUUCAAAAGAAAGUUUCUUGUAUUUUGUGUUACGAGACAGAAAAAAUGUUAACGUAACACCAAAUGUGACGGCCGUUUCGUGAACGCAUUAUGUCGUUACUAUGACUGUUAUAUAAUUAUGGAUCUUAAUAAUACCUUUUUUUAUUCUUUAGUAAGCUAACGGGUUAAAAACGGGACCCUCGUGUCACUGCCAGUAAUGACGUCUGAUUGGUUCUUUGUUUUCCCAGGAUGCCGUGGUUUGAUCGGUUGCUCGGCUUCUUUUUGUUGAUGCACUUUAAUUCUGUUUCCCUGGAAGGUUCUGGACGAGUCUCUCCCUUUGACUUUAUACUUUUGUGGUUUUCUCUUCGCUCUCUUCAUGUUUUCGACUCUCGUGACUCUUUGCUUUACGUUGCUCUACUUAUUUUUGGCUUUUCACGAUCAGUUUUUGUUGUUUUCUAGCUCGUCUUCCCUCAAAAUUUCUAUGUUGAUGUAAAUGUAUGGGAUUGUUUUCAGAACUAUGUUUGCAGGUCUAUAUUAAACUACACGUUAUGUGUUUUUGUAGACUGACUGCCAUAUAUUUUGCCAUGUAUUGUCAUUUGUUUUGUAGUUUCUGAUCUCCUUGCUUAAAUCGGUGACUCCUGAGCCACGUUAUCCCAUCCGGAUUAUACUUUUUAAUCUCCACACAGCCUGCUUGUAGGUGGGUUUUGAAUACAUUUCAGAUUUUCUGCUAGUGUUAGGUUAGCAUUUAAUCACGUCUAUAGAGGAGGGCAUCAACGGCAAAGAAAACAAAGUGAAAGAGCAAAUAGGAAAUUUCAGAUCCUUCCAGAGAGACGUGGAAAAUUCAGACGAUCCGAUGCAUUUGUAGCCAUAGUAACCCCUCUGCUACCAGGACGACAGGGUGUGAAAUGGUGUGUGUGUGUGUGUGUGUUUCUACGAUAUUGUUUUAACGAGUGUCUGUUUGUGUGGUUGUCCUGUGCACGCAAACACAAACAGUACCCACAUACACGCGUGUAAAUACAAAGGUGCCGUGACGCCAUGUUGUUUCUGUGUUUCAGUUGUUGCACGUGUUCUGAUCCAGGACAGAAUUUAAAUAAAAUUUUAUUGCAAGUUUUUGUUUUUA